AUGCCGAUGAGAGGAGAUGCACACGGCUGCGACGUCCUAGAUUCGGCGAAAAAGAAAUCUAAAACGCAGUACAGGAAAGUGUCAGAGACCGAACUGAAACGCUCGGGCCAGAAGAGAAGGAAAGAGAACGAUACUGCUAAAGAAGAACAGCGCUCGCGCAUAUACAUGUACGAAGAAAGUUCACCGCGGGUCUCGCGACACGACGGUAAACGACUAGCUGUCGAUAGUCCUGAAGUUUCACCUUCAAACUUGAACUGGGCGAAGAUUGACUAUUACGGUGGGAUAUCGAUGGCGGACUAUCGGACAGCGCGGUCCUAG